AGUCGAGUUCUGUUUCUGAAACAGGGCUGCGGUAUUACGUCAUCAUCACGGCGCUGGAAUCUGCUGCCGAGUGUUUGGUCAAGACGCUGUUUAAAUGUUUAGAUAUUUUUUUUAAUUAAUCCACAUAUUAUAUAAUUGUAAGAUUUAUGGCACCGAACAGGACGUACUUUAGCAUUGCCUAUGCUACAUUUGGCAUGCUGGUAGGAGUUUCGGCUUUUAUAGUUUGGAAUGCAGUUUACAGACAGCCGUGGACGGCGGCUAUGGGCGGGUUAUCAGGAGUGCUGGCCUUUUGGGUGCUGGUCACACACAUCAUGUACCUUCAGGAUUACUGGCGCACAUGGCUGAAGGGACUCAAGCUCUUCAUGAUUAUCAGUUCACUUUUCUCCAUGUUAGCUGUUGCUGCUUUUGCAACAUUUAUGACUCUGGCUAUUACACAAAAUCAAGCAUUGUCGGACACCAAGAGUUUUUAUCUGUCCUGUGUUUGGAGCUUCUUGACACUGAAAUGGGCCUUCCUUCUUGGCUUAUAUUCUUACCGCUACCACCAGGAGUUUGCUGACAUCAGCAUCCUCAGUGACUUUUGAAUAACUGCCUUUCUGGAACUGCAACGAGUUUGUUGUUGUCUGUUGGUAGAUUUGUCUGUUAGUCAGGAGGUGGGUUUAGAAACAAGGCUUGUCAAACAGGAAUAAAUGGAACAGUUUUUCUUUCACAUUAACACUACCAUUGUUAUUGUUAGGCUGUCUGUUAUCUGUUAGCCUGUCCCUCGUACUCCAGAAAAUCCAGCUUCAACUUCAGAAACCAUCCUAGGAGGCCUCCUGCAUCUAUGCAUUACAUUCCUAUUACAUUUACCUGCAUAUAAAUGUUGCCUGGUUUAUAUAAUUCUGUUCAGGCUUCAAAGAACUUGUUUGACAUAAAGAGUGUCCAGCUAUUUCUAAUAGCCAAGCUAGUUACUUAUAAAUUUAAAUCUUUUUGGAUUUUUUUUUGUCUUUUAUUUAAUGUUUUAUGUACAAAAAUGCAAUUACUUUAUUUGUCUGCACUUAAUAUUAAUUGCUCAUGAGCACAGAUUGAGAAAUAUCCAUCUUUAGUGUAAUUGACAAAUGGGCGAGUUAUCAGUUUUUGACACAUGGCAACAAAAUGCACUGAUCACCAAAUCCUGACUCAUCCUCAAAUGUCAUGUUACUGGUGUUUCUAUUUUAGUAGGACAUACAGGUCUAUGUGUAUAAGACUAUCAGUAUUAUAAUAUAAACACUUAAACAUAAUUGAAAAGUCAUCUAGAUCAAAUGUUUUAUUGUGUAUUGAAUUUUCAUUUGUGUAACAUGGUACAAUUACGUAUAUUAUUGUUUAGAGUCUGUAUAUGGGUAUACAGUCUCCUCUGAAAGUAUUGGAACGUCAAGGCCAAUUCUUUUGUUUUUGCUAUACACUGAAGACA